ACGGACCGUAGGUUUCGGAGGUGUACCCAAGGUCCGCUUUCCCUCCACCCCAUAUCCUACGUUCCGUUCGAACAGCUGUUUUAAGAACAUGGAUGUAGAAUGCUUACCGAAGUUCAUGGUACUACCUAGCUACCUAGACCCCGUUCUGCUACGUACUCGUGUCGUGUCUGUUAGUAUCAACAACGAGGAAGUUGCUUCAAUCGUGUUCAUUGUGAAGUGUCCUAUUUAUGCUCGUUGGUGACAUGAAGUUUAUGGACGUUGUAUUUCGAAAUCGGUUACCUUAUGCACCAUAAGCGUACUCUGUUCUGGAUUAAAGUAAAAGUCUUACUCUGAUUAAGAAAAUAAGAAGGAAAUACUGCUAUGGAAGAUGAAGAAGAAGAAACCAAGUCAGAAAAGAAGGGAGCAGCUGCUGAGGACGAACCAGACCCACGGCUGGAAUUCAUGUUCAGUUAUUUGCAAACAUCUGUGCGACUUAAGUUAGAUAAAUGGACUAAACUGCUUGGAAAUAAGGAAUCAGCUAAAUACAUCCAUGACUUCAUGCAAAGACCAGAUAUUCAAUUGCUUGUGCUGGCCGGAAACAGUUCUGGCCUUCUGCAACCAAUGCACAGCUUUCCAUCUGCUUCCUCUAGGUUAAAGUCAUGUUACUUCAUAAAGAAAGCUGCAGAGCCUGUCACGAAAGAAAAUUUUCGGAAUGUAUUGAUAUUCGGAGAUAUCGGUACUAAGCCUGUUGAUGAAUUGGCUGUAUUGGUGCAAGAGGUGUUUGUGCCACUGUUGUCCAAUCCAAAGAAUCAAUGUAGCUGGCCAAGAGUUGUAGCAGAAGAUGUCAUGAAGCACAUAUACGAACUCAAAAACAUUGUGUAUGAAGUUCGUGGUAAGAUAAACGGACAGACACUCCUUCCAAUGCCUGCUGGUGUAGAAAGGGUGCACGAGGUGGAGAAAACUAUUAUAGAAAGCGGAGGCCGGACUGUUGACAUGUUUCUCAAGAGCACAAUUGAAGGAAUUGUCAUCAAGUGGGCAACACAGAUUGAUGAAGUUCUUAAGGAAGACUCAUCUUGUGCAUUUGUCAGAGAAGCAAAUCCUACUCCAAGAUUUGAAAUUGAUUUUUGGAAUAGUCGUCUCAAAAACUUGGAAUGUAUCUAUAAUCAGCUGCGUGACCCAAGGGUCAAGAAGAUGGCGUCCAUAUUAGAAUUGACAGACAGUGCCUACUUUCCUUGCUUUAAGACACAGUUUCGUAAUAUUGUGGCAGCUGUAACAGAAGCGCGUGAUGUUUCGUUAUACCUGAAGCCUCUUGUAAAGCACUUUGAUGAUCUUGAGAACACGGAUUUCAAGGAAGUACAGCCACUGCUGCGACCAUUGGUGCACUGUGUUGCUCUUGUGUGGGCCAACAGUCGCUAUUACUGCACCUCUACCAAAAUAGUUACCCUUAUUAGGGAGGUUGCAAAUCUGCUUAUUCAAGAGGCUACCAAAUUCCUGGACCCAAAUUCUCUCUUCCAGAGAGAAAUAGAUGAAACUCGUGAACAGGUUACAUACUGCAUCAAAACCCUGGUGUCUUUCAGGAAUAUCUUUGAGGAGUACCGGGACCAGUUGCAUACAUUUUUCCCAAAAGAUGUGGAACCUGUGCCAUGGGCAUUUGACCCAAGGCUCAUAUUUGAACGAAAGAUCCAGUAUGUUGAAAGGCUGAAAAUUAUAGAGAAUUUCUUUGCUACAUCAAUGGAAUUUCUUAAAUUGGAGAAAGUGGAAAUUGGCGGAUUGAAAGGACGAUUCCUGAGUGCAAAGAUUGCUGGAGUUCUCAGCCAAUUUCAUGAAGCAUUUAUGGUAUUUGGAAGUAUCACAUAUGAUCCUCUAGACCCAGAAGAUGAAAAUUUCGUUCGUGAUUAUACCAUGUUUAUGGGAAAGAUAGCUGAUAUGGAUCGCAAACUGGCAGCUGUCUUCUGCCAGGCAUUUGAUGAUUGCUUCAAUUUGGAGAGUAUGUACAAGUUGAUUUAUGUAGGAAGUUCAUUGCUGGAACGCCCUAUCAUCAAAGCAGAAGUCGCUCCUAAAUACAGGGUUCUCUUCUCAAUGCUCAGUGAUGAACUGGAUAUGGUCAAGGAAAUAUUUGACAAACAAGUGGAACUUUACAAUAUGAAUGGUUAUAUGAUAGUUGAUAAGCACUUACCUCCGACGGCUGGUACAUUGCUCUGGAUCCACAAACUAAGGCAGAGGACUAUGAUCCCUAUUGAAACUGUCAAGGAGUUGGAACUUCUUGUUGUACAGAGUCCAGAUUUCCAGCUUCAAAUGGACAAGUACGGUGAGAUCAGAAAAUGCUUGGAUGAACUGGAAGAUAAGAUAUUCUUGAAGUGGACAGCUCAAGUUCCAGAGCAGUGUGUCAAGAAUCUAGAGAAACCUCUGAUGAUACAGGAAAGAGGAACUCUGAAACUGAGUCUUAACUUUGACGACGAGCUGGUGGCAAUCCUGCGAGAAGUCCGGUACUUGAAAACGAUGGAUAAAGCGGGAAUCCCCAGUGAUGCUCUGACAUUGUUUGAGCGUGUUGAGAUCCUUCAUCAGUGGGUUAGCAAUCUGAACCUUGCCAUCGAGUGGUACAACAGUAUUCGUCAAAACAGUCUUCCUGUUGCGUAUGCACUUAUUGAACAUGAAAUUGAAGAAAUUGACAGUCUCAUCAGUGAAGUUCUUGAGAAGCUCAACUGGAAUUCGGAAAACGUGUGGUCAUAUGUGCAGCAGAUACGAACACUAGUAGAAGACCUCCAGAGUAGAGUACUGAAGGCUCAACUAAAUGUGGACACAAUUCAUAAGUUGAUUAACACAUGGAGUCUUAUGCCCCUUUUUGAACGCAAGAACGGCAAGAAGAAAAACUUGAUUUUUUUGGAUGACCAUGAUGAACGUGUUUUCAAAAGGUAUACAGCAAUGAGAGAUGUAGGAACAUUGAUUCAUCAGCUUAUGGAUGAGAAUUAUAGAUUAUUCUUCAACAUUAAGCCACUGCAACCAGAAGUGGUAGAGGAAGAAAUCAGUGCUAAGGGAAGAUUUGAAGACAAGGAAGGGGAGGAUGAGGAAUAUGAAGAUGAGAUAGGAGGAGAUGAUGAAUUUGAAAAAGUACUUGAGAAAGGACUAUUUGGAGAAGCUGAACCAGAUGAAGAGACAAACAGAGAAGGAAAGCCACUGAUAAUGAAGACUGUAGAACAUGCGGGUGCUGAAGGGGAGCAGACCUCGAAACUGUGGCGCGGAACUCACAGUGCCACUGCCGCAGUUUCUGUUCUUUCGGCAUUUCAACCAUCCGCAAAGCCGCCAAGCCCAGAAAUCAUUCAAUACGAAUCUCAGGAUGACUCUAAGCCUGACCAUGAACCAGUGCCAGAACUUGCCCUGUUUCUUCAGUCAUUAAGACAAAAUGAAAAAGUUGAGUUCAAUGACGAAAUUCAUUCAGAGUAUCCUGAUUUGGAACCUGAAAUGCGAAUUAAAUGGGAAAAAUAUGAGGAGUAUGUAGAUAAUAUCGUUUCUGAAGGGCUCUUCAAUGCAAUUGCAUGCAGCCUGUCUUUGCUCAUGGAUGAAAUGGAAACUGGGCGUGCAAGCUUUCCUUUGUUCCAAGUGGCUCUCCAGCUGCAAGAACCAGAUAUUGUGUUUUUGCCAUCUCUGAAGGCUGAUGAUUUAAACGGCUUCUAUCACCUGAUAGAAAGCCUUCUUAGUGACAUCAUUCGUAUGUCAGUUCUAAUUAAGCGAGUUGCUAAAUGUCUCUCAGAGGCAAACUACAAGAGGGACGCAGAGAAUAACAGUGAUCUCAAGGAGAUGAGGACCGAGACUCUGAAUCGUGUGCGCCAGACGAUGGCUUCAGCUGUGGAAUACAGCAAAGGCUUUGAGCACUAUGCUUACCUGUGGUUGGAAGAUCGUGAAGUCUUCUUGCAGCAGUUCUUAAUAUAUGGUCACCAGCUGACUUCUGAGGAGGUGGACAUCAUGACAGCUGCUGCAACUAAUGAGGACUUGCCAGGACUCACUGAGUCUCCACCUACCAUAAAACAAUUCAAAGAUCAGAUUGAUCAUUAUGACAAUCUAUAUGCAGAGCUUGAGAAAAUGGAAGAUGAAAAAAUUUUUGACGCCUGGUUUAAAGUGGAUGUCCGUCCAUUCAAGCAAGCUCUGCUUAACACUGUCUGCAAAUGGGGGAAUUUGUUUAAGCAGCAUCUUGUGGACCAUGUCAUUAACAGUCUCCAAGAACUGGAAGAUUUUAUUGUAGAAGCAGACAAGGGUUUGUUGACACCAGUGCGAGAAGGUGACUAUGAAGGCUUACUCCAAGUCAUGGGGUUUUUGUAUCACGUACGUGAGCGUCAAGUCACUACCGACGAAAUGUUUGAGCCUAUCAGAGAGACAAUGGACAUGUUAAAGGCAUAUGAUGUUGAAUUCUCCGAGGAAACUUGUUUGAAGUUACAGGAAUUACCUGAAAAGUGGUCCAACACCAAAAAAAUUGCCAUCACUGUCAAACAGAAUGUUGCACCACUUAUGGCUGCAGAAGUCACGCUCAUUCGCAAGAGGAUCACAUACUUUGACCUUCGUCAGACUCAGUAUCGUGAGAAUUUCCGCAAGUCACUUCUUUUCAAGUUUGAUUGUCCGAGUGUAUACUUAGCAUUGGAUAGAACCAAUGAAGCCAUCACAGCUCUGGAAACCGAAAUGGCUACCCUUGCUGAGCAAGCAUCUCUGUUUGAUGUAAAUAUUCCUGAUUUCAAGCAACUCAAGAUAUGCCGCAAGGAUGUCAAAAUGCUAAAGACUCUGUGGGACUAUGUUCAUGUUGUGCAGUCAUGUGUCAAUGAAUGGAAGAAAACACCAUGGAAAAAAAUUGAUGUUGAAAAUAUGGAUGUAGAAUGCAAGAAAUUCAGCAAGGAAAUUCGAGGUUUAGAUAAAGACAUGCGAGGAUGGAUCACCUACGUCAAACUGGAAGCUAUGAUUAGAAACCUCCUGACUUCUCUACGUGCUGUCACAGAAUUGCAGAACCCAGCAAUUCGAGAACGCCACUGGCAGCAACUCAUGACUGCCACCAAGUGCGUAGAUCGUCUUGGAGCAAAAUACACAGUUAUGUUUGUAAUGGAUGAUAAAACAACACUAGCCGAUUUGCUAGCCCUGAACCUGCAUGAAUAUGAAGAGGAAGUUAAAAAUAUUGUAGACCAGGGAGUGAAAGAGAUGUCUAUGGAGAAAGUCCUAAAGGAACUUGAUGCUACAUGGUCUGGCAUGCAGUUCGAGAAAGAGAUUCAUCCUCGCACUCACUGCACAGUCAUUCGGGCAAGUGAGGAGUUGAUCGAGACAUUGGAAGAAAACCAGGUGGCACUUCAGAAUUUGAUGAGUUCCAAGUAUAUCGCAUACUUUCUGGAAGAAGUAUCAGAUUGGCAAAGACAACUAUCCAAUGCGGAUCAAGUUAUUCAAGUAUGGUUUGAAGUCCAGAGAACUUGGAUGCAUCUGGAAUCCAUCUUCAUUGGAUCUGAAGAUAUUCGUAAACAACUACCAGAAGACUCCAGACGAUUUGAUCAGAUCGACAAACAAUUUCGGGUGCUGUUGGAGGAGAUGGUGGGGAUACUGAAUGUGGUGCAAGCUACAAACAGAGCUGGCCUCUAUGAGAAGUUGGAGGUACUACAGAAGGAGCUCACAGUUUGUGAGAAGGCUCUCGCUGAGUAUCUUGAGACAAAGCGAUUGGCAUAUCCGCGCUUCUACUUCAUCUCGUCAGCAGAUCUACUUGAUAUAUUGUCCAAUGGCAAUCAACCAGAAUUAGUUGCCAGGCACCUCACAAAACUCUAUGACUCAAUUUCAAAACUGAAGUUUGAACAGUCAGGAGGGAAAAAUACUAAGAAUGCUAUAGCAAUGUGGGCCAAGGACGGGGAGUUUGUCGAAUUCAGCGGCGUUUGUGACUGUUCAGGCAAGGUCGAGGUCUGGUUGAAUCGGCUAACAGAUGCCAUGAGACGAACAGUACGACACUACUUUGGUGAAGCUGUGCUUUCCUAUGAGGACAGUCCUCGUGAGAAGUGGAUCUUUGAUUAUCCUGCACAAGUGUCCUUAUGUGGUACACAGAUUUGGUGGACUACAGAAGUUAACAUUGCUUUCGCUCAUCUGGACGAAGGUUAUGAGAAUGCACUCAAGGAUUAUAACAGGAAACAGAUAACUCAACUGAACACACUCAUCUCACUCCUUCUGGGGGACUUAACAAAUGAAGAUAGGCAGAAGAUAAUGACCAUCUGUACCAUUGACGUGCACUCAAGGGACGUUGUAGCUAAGAUGAUCACAGCAAAAGUGGAAAAUGCAUCAGCUUUUCAAUGGCAGUCACAAUUAAGGCACAGAUGGGACGAGAAGAUAAAAGAUUGUUUCUGCAACAUCUGUGAUGCUCAGUUCCGUUAUGCACAUGAAUAUCUGGGCAACACACCUCGCCUUGUUAUUACUCCACUUACUGACCGUUGUUACAUCACCUUGACACAGUCCCUACAUUUAACCAUGGGUGGAGCACCAGCUGGUCCUGCAGGAACCGGUAAAACAGAGACAACCAAGGAUUUAGGACGAGCCAUGGGCAUGAUGGUGUAUGUGUUCAACUGUUCAGAGCAGAUGGAUUAUAAGUCCUGUGGCAACAUCUACAAAGGCUUAGCACAGACUGGAGCUUGGGGCUGUUUUGAUGAGUUCAAUCGCAUCUCAAUAGAGGUGUUGUCUGUGGUGGCUGUUCAAGUGAAAACUGUGCUCGAUGCAAUCAAAAGCAAGAAGACAAAAUUCAACUUCUUUGGUGACAUAAUUGCUCUCGUGCCCACUGUGGGACUUUUCAUAACCAUGAAUCCCGGUUACGCAGGUCGAGCAGAGCUGCCUGAAAAUCUGAAGGCUCUCUUCAGGCCGUGUGCUAUGGUCGUACCAGAUUUUGAGCUGAUCUGUGAGAUCAUGUUAGUAGCAGAGGGUUUUCAAGAAGCUCGUAUUCUUGCUCGCAAAUUCAUUACAUUAUACACACUGUGUCGAGAGCUUCUGUCCAAACAGGAUCACUACGACUGGGGCCUCAGAGCCAUCAAGUCUGUCCUUGUGGUGGCAGGGUCACUGAAGCGUGGAGAUCGCGGACGACCAGAAGAUCAGGUGCUAAUGCGGGCGUUACGUGAUUUCAACAUCCCCAAGAUUGUGACAGAUGAUGUUCCUGUAUUCAUGGGGCUCAUCGGAGACUUAUUCCCUGCUCUUGAGGUCCCUCGUAAGAGAGACCUCGAUUUUGAGAAAAUGGUCAAACAGGCAGCUAUUGAUUUGCAGCUCCAGCCAGAAGAAAAUUUCAUACUAAAGAUUGUGCAGUUGGAAGAGCUCUUAGAGGUUCGUCACUCUGUAUUCAUUGUUGGAAAUGCAGGGACAGGCAAGACAAUGGUAUGGCGGACACUGUUUAAAACUUACCAGAACCAGAAGAGGAAACCCGUAUAUAAUGAUCUUAAUCCCAAAGCUGUCACCAACAAUGAGUUGUUUGGCAUCAUCAACCCAGCUACAAGGGAAUGGAAAGAUGGUUUGAUUCCUGUGCUGUUCCGAGAUCAAGCCAAUAUGUCAGGCGAUGGACCAAAAUGGAUUCUAUUAGACGGCGAUAUUGACCCAAUGUGGAUUGAGUCACUCAAUACAGUGAUGGAUGAUAACAAGGUCUUGACAUUGGCCAGUAAUGAGCGUAUUGCUUUGACAAAGAUGAUGCGUCUCAUAUUUGAGAUUGCCUCUCUGCGAACUGCAACCCCAGCCACUGUAUCAAGAGCCGGUAUCCUGUACAUCAACCCUCAGGAUUUGGGCUGGAAUCCUUUUGUGACCAGUUGGAUUGAUAGGCGUGAACAGCAAGCCGAAAAGGCAAUACUUACAAUCCUGUUCGAUAAGUAUGUGCCUCCAUGCCUGGAAGUUUGUCGUUCACGAUUCAAAAAAAUUACGCCCAUUGCUGAUAUCUCGCACGUCCAAAUGUUGUGCCAUCUGCUGGAGUGUCUACUCACAGCAUCCACCACUCCAGUUGACUGCCCCAAGGAAUGGUAUGAAAUAUAUUUUGUGUUUGCAUCUGUGUGGGCAUUUGGAUCUGCCAUGUUUCAAGAUCAGGUGAUUGACAACCGCAUGGAGUUUUCUAAAUGGUGGACAAAUGAAUUUAAGACAGUGAAGUAUCCAGCACAAGGCACGGUUUUUAACUAUUACAUAGAUCAUGAAACAAAAUGCUUCCUGCCAUGGAAUAAUAUGGUCACACCCCAUGAGUUGGACUAUGAUAUUCCACUUCAGGCUACUCUAGUAUCCACAUCGGACACAACUUGCAUUCGUUACUUCAUGGAUCUACUGAUGGCAAAGAAGCGCCCCGUAAUGCUCGUUGGACCAGCAGGUUCUGGAAAGAGUGUCAUCAUUGCUGAGAAGUUGCUCUCCCUGCCUGAGUCAUAUGCAGUAACGAAUGUUCCGUUCAAUUUCUACACUACUUCAGAAAUGUUACAAAAAGUACUUGAGAAACCGCUGGAGAAAAAGGCUGGCAGAAAUUAUGGACCACCGGGCAACAAAACAAUGGUUUACUUUAUAGACGAUAUGAAUAUGCCUGAGGUCGAUGCAUAUGGAACCGUACAGCCACAUACAUUAAUCAGACAAUUCAUGGAUUAUGGACACUGGUAUGACCGCAUUAAGUUGCAACUAAAGGACAUACAUAACUGUCAGUAUGUAUCUUGUAUGAACCCAACCGCUGGCAGCUUUACCAUCAACCCUCGUCUGCAGCGGCACUUCUGUGUGUUUGCAGUGAAUUUCCCAUCAGGAGAAUCACUGGCCAAAAUUUACACAGACAUCUUGGUUCAGCAUCUUUCAAAUUCACAUCUCAAGUUUCCGCCGACUGUAGCGCGAGUCGCACCUUUACUUAUCACGGCCGCAAUGUCUCUCCAUCAGAAGAUGGCACAGCAGUUCCUGCCAACUGCUCUAAAAUUCCAUUACAUUUUCAACUUGCGAGAUCUUUCCAACAUAUUUCAGGGGAUGCUCUACAGCAUUACUGAGACCUUACCGAACCAGACGGAGCUCGUACGGCUCUGGAUGCACGAAGCCUACAGAGUGUAUGGAGAUAAAUUGGUUGAUUCAAAUGAUGUGGACAACUAUGAAAAGGCAGUUAUUGACACUAUUAAGAAAACAGGGUUUGAAGAUUUGGAUGAAGGACAACUAUUUUCAAAGCCACUCAUAUAUUGUCAUUUUGCUGAGGGAAUUGGCGAAUCCAAGUAUCUGCCCAUCAGAAAGUGGGAACAGCUGAACAAACUUCUACAUGAAGCUAUGUCCCAGUACAAUGAUCUUGUGGCAGCGAUGAACCUGGUGUUGUUUGAAGAUGCGAUGUGUCAUGUGUGCCGAAUCAGUCGCAUUUUUGAAGGACCAAGAGGUAAUGCACUUCUGGUUGGAGUAGGAGGUUCUGGAAAGCAGUCUCUGUCCAGGCUGUCAGCUUUCAUCUCAUCACUCGAAGUGUUCCAGAUUCAAUUGCGGAAAGGAUAUUCCAUCCAGGAUAUGAAAAAUGAUUUGUCUGGAUUGUAUACUAAAGCUGGCCUGAAGAGUGUAGGAAUAGUUUUCUUAAUGACAGAUGCACAAGUAGCAGAUGAGCGUUUCCUUGUGCUAGUUAACGAUAUGUUGGCGUCUGGUGAGAUUCCCGAUCUAUUUGCUGAUGAUGAAGUUGAAAAUAUAGUUGGUGCCCUACGGAACGAGGUGAAGAGCAUGGGCUUGCAGGACACAAAGGAUAACUGCUGGCGGUUCUUCAUCGAUAGGGUGCGUCGUCAGUUGAAGGUGGUGUUGUGUUUCUCCCCGGUUGGAUCUACGCUUCGUGUGCGUUCCCGGAAGUUCCCAUCUAUUACAAAUUGCACUGCUAUCAACUGGUUUCAUGAGUGGCCUCAGGAGGCACUUGAAUCAGUGUCUACUCGAUUUCUUCAAGAGACUGAAGAUCUCCCUGAAGAACUCCGAAGAUCUGUCUCACUCUUCAUGGCAUAUGUCCAUACAUCUGUCAAUGACAUGUCACAUAAAUAUCUGGAAAAUGAGAAGCGCUACAACUACACGACACCAAAGACAUUCCUGGAGCAGAUUAAUCUAUACAGAAAACUUUUUACUGAAAAGACAGAAGAUUUGAAAGGUCGUAUUUCACGACUAGUAAACGGUUUAGAGAAGUUGAAAACAACUGCAGUACAGGUGGAUGAGUUGAAAGUGGUCCUUGCGGCUCAAGAAAUUGAGCUGCAUGAGAAGAGCAUAGCUGCUGAUAAGUUGAUUCAAGUUGUUGGCAUUGAGACAGAAAAGGUAUCAAAAGAGAAAGCAUACGCAGCAGAAGAGGAGAAAAAAGUGCGAGUGAUUGAAGAAGACGUGUCCAUCAAACAGAAAGUGUGUGAGGAGGAUUUGCGUAAAGCUGAACCGGCACUCAUAGCAGCUCAAGAGGCGCUCAAGACACUUGACAAGGGGAACCUCACAGAGCUGAAGUCCUUUGGAUCACCACCACCUGCCGUGGUGAACGUGACAGCAGCUGUGCUUGUCCUGUUUUCUACUAAGGGUCGUAUUCCCAAGGAUCGUAGCUGGAAGGCUUGCAAAUCAAUGAUGGGAAAGGUGGAUGCCUUCCUGGAGAAUCUUAAAAAUUAUGCAAAGGAAGAUAUUCAACCUGAUGUGUACAAGGCAGUUCAGGAAUACAUAAAAGAUCCUGAGUUUGUGCCAGAGAAAGUCUUCAGCAAAUCAUGUGCAGCAGCAGGAUUGUGUGACUGGGUCAUCAACAUCAUCAAGUUUUAUGAUGUAUACGUUGUGGUGGAACCAAAACGGCGAGCCUUGAUGCAGGCAAACGCAGAACUUUCCGCUGCCCAAGAUCGUUUAAAAUUUCUCAACAAUCAAAUUGAGUCCCUUGAAGAACAGCUCUCUAUGCUGAAAACUGAAUUCCAAGAAGCAACAAAUGCCAAAUUGAAAUGCCAGUCAGAUGCAGAAACUACUGCCAAUACCAUAGAACUGGCUAACCGUCUGGUCAAUGGAUUGGCCUCUGAGAAUUAUCGUUGGAGGGACAGUGUAGCCAACUUCAGGAAUCAGUUAAUAACACUUCCUGGGGAUAUUUUGAUGGUAACAGCAUUCAUCUCAUACAUGGGAUGUUUCACUCGCAUGUAUAGGAUUGGUCUGCUCAAGAAAUACUGGGAACCAUUCCUCAAGAAACUAGUCCCUGCCAUACCAACCACUCCAGAUCUGGACCCAAUGGAUCUGUUGACAGACGAUGCCCAGAUUGCACAGUGGAACAAUGAAGGCCUUCCUAAUGAUAGGAUGUCUUCUGAGAAUGCUACUGUGCUAACAAAUUCAGAAAGAUGGCCCCUGAUGAUUGAUCCACAACUACAAGGAAUCAAAUGGAUCAAGAAUAAGUAUGGCAGUGAUCUCAAGGUUGUAAGGCUUUCCCAUAAAAAUUAUCUGGAUGUCAUCGAAAGUGCUCUUUCUGAAGGUUCAACUGUUCUCCUGGAGAACAUCGGUGAAACGGUGGAUGCAGUAUUAGAUCCCCUGCUUGGCCGCAACCUCAUCAAAAGGGGUCGAGCCAUCAAGAUAGGUGAUAAGGAGAUGGAUUACAACCCUAAAUUCCGCCUGAUACUUCAAACAAAGCUAGGCAACCCCCACUACAAGCCUGAAAUGCAAGCUCAGACAACUCUGAUCAACUUUACAGUCACCCGAGAUGGUCUUGAGGAACAGCUUUUGGCAGAGGUGGUAAAGGUAGAGAGACCAGACCUUGAGAAACUCAGGUCAGAAUUGACUAAACAACAAAAUGACUUCAAGAUCACACUGAAGGUCCUAGAAGAUGACUUACUAAGUCGAUUAGCUGCUGCUGGUGAAGACAUUCUGAGUGAUACUGCUUUGGUAAUCAAUUUGGAGACCACAAAGAAAACAGCAGAUGAAAUUGAGAUCAAAGUAGAAGAAGCCAAAUGCACGUCCAGAAAGAUCGAUGAAGCUCGUGAGCUGUAUCGUCCUGCUGCAGUACGAGCUUCCUUACUCUAUUUCAUUCUUAAUGAUCUUCACAAAAUCAACCCCAUAUACCAGUUCUCACUGAAGGCUUUCAGUGUGGUUUUUCAGAACGCUAUAGCAAGAGCAGUUAAGUCUGAUGAUAUCAAGGAACGUGUUGCAAAUCUCCUAGAUUCAAUCUCAUACAUGGUUUUCAUGUAUACUUCAAGAGGACUAUUUGAAUGCGACAAGCUAAUCUUCAUGGCACAAAUGACAUUCCAGAUACUGCUGACAAGCAAGGAGAUAGAACCUGUUGAAUUGGAUUAUCUGUUGCGAUUUCCUGUCACUUCGAAUGUGAUUAGUCCUUUGGACUUCCUCACCAAUACAAGUUGGAGUGGAAUUAAAAGCCUUUCUCAGAUGCUCGAGUUUAAGAACCUGGACCGUGAUAUUGAAGGUUCAGCCAAAAGGUGGAAGAAAUUUGUAGAUUCUGAAUAUCCAGAGAAGGAGAAGUUUCCUCAGGAAUGGAAGAAUAAAUCAGCGCUUCAGAAACUGUGCAUGAUGCGCGCGCUUCGUCCAGAUCGCAUGACGUACGCCAUCAAAUCAUUUGUAGAAGAGAAGUUAGGCACAAAGUUUACGGAGUCUCGAUCCAUCGAGUUUGCUAAAUCAUUUAUGGAGACAAGUCCCACCACACCUGUGUUCUUUAUCUUGUCACCAGGUGUAGACCCACUCAAGGAUGUAGAGAAACUAGGCAAAAAGUUUGGCUUCACGUUUGAUAGGCGUAACUUCCACAAUGUGUCCUUAGGACAGGGUCAAGAAACAGUAGCAGAGCAUGCUAUGGAAGUCGCCUCCCGUCAUGGUCAUUGGGUCAUCUUGCAGAACAUCCACUUGGUUCGAGCAUGGCUUCCGACUCUGGAGAAGAAGAUGGAACAAUGCGAGGAAGGUGGGCACCAAAAAUAUCGGCUCUUCAUGAGCGCAGAGCCUGCUCCUUGCCCACGGUUCCACAUAAUUCCACAGGGUCUGCUUGAAUCGUCCAUAAAAAUCACCAAUGAACCACCUUCUGGUAUGCUGGCAAAUCUACACAAGGCACUUGACAAUUUCAACCAAGAGACAAUGGAAAUGUGCAGCAAGGAAGCUGAAUUCAAGGCAAUAUUAUUCGUCCUCUGCUACUUCCAUGCAGUUGUUAAUGAGCGCAGAAAGUUUGGUGCCCAGGGCUGGAAUAGAAUCUAUCCAUUCAGUGUUGGUGAUCUUACUAUUAGUGUCAGUGUCCUGUACAACUACUUGGAGAACAGCUCGAAGAUACCAUGGGAAGACAUGCGGUACCUCUUUGGUGAGAUUAUGUAUGGAGGCCACAUUACGGAUGACUGGGACAGACGAUUAUGCCGCACAUUCCUACAAGAAUGGCUGCAGGAUGGACUGUUAGAUACUGAGUUAUUGCUGGCACCAGGAUUUCCUGCCCCUCCAAACAUGGAUUACACAGGAUACCACAAAUAUAUUGAUGAUGUCUUGCCUGAUGAGUCACCGUAUCUGUAUGGCCUACAUCCGAAUGCAGAGAUUGGUUUCCUUACGACUGCCUCAGAAACUUUAUUCCGGACAGUGUUUGAGAUGCAACCACGGGAUUCUGGAGCUGCAGGAGCCACAACUGUUACACGAGAGGAGAAGGUGAAACAGGUGCUGGAAGAGAUAAAUGACAAGAUUCCAGAGCCAUUCAACAUCCCUGAGAUCAUGGGGAAGGUUGAGGAAAGGAGUCCAUACAUCAUAGUUGCAUUCCAGGAGUGUGAACGUAUGAACGUUCUUAUGGCUGAGCUGAAACGUUCCUUGAAAGAACUAGACCUUGGGCUGAAGGGUGAACUGACCAUCACAGAAGAAAUGGAAGCCCUAGAAUCAUGCCUUUUCUUGGAUCAGGUGCCUCCAAAUUGGACAAAACGGGCCUACCCAUCCAUGCUGACAUUGGGCCCCUGGUUUGCUGAUCUGAUGCUGCGACUAAAAGAACUGGAGGCCUGGACAUCUGACUUUAAUCUUCCAGCAACUGUGUGGCUAGCAGGGUUCUUCAAUCCUCAAUCCUUCUUGACGGCCAUUAUGCAGUCAACAGCUCGUAAAAAUGAGUGGCCAUUGGACAAGAUGUGUCUCCACUGUGAUGUGUCCAAAAAACAUAAAGAUGAAUUUACGUCAGCCCCUCGUGAAGGAGCAUAUGUGCAUGGUCUGUUCAUGGAAGGUGCACGCUGGGACAUUCAGACUGGUUCUAUCAUGGAGUCUCGACUCAAAGACCUGUUCCCAAUGAUGCCCGUGAUUUACAUCAAGGCAGUCACGCAGGAUAAACAGGAGCUGCGAAAUAUGUACGAGUGUCCUGUGUACAAGACACGUAUCCGAGGCCCAACAUUUGUCUGGACUUUUAAUCUAAGGACAAAGGAGAAAGCGGCUAAGUGGACAAUGGCUGGAGUAGCAAUUCUGCUACAGAUUUAGAUUUUCGCUUGUUGAUCACUAGUUAUUUCAUUCAAGAUUAUAAUCUUAGUACCUGUCAUUUCCUGUGAUUGCUGUUUUAAUUAAUGAUAUAUGAAUGUUAAUCAGUAAUAGUCUCUAAAUAUUGUUCAAAUAUUUGAAUUAUUAUUUUAAGAAAUUCAGAUUUGCUGUCAUACUGAA